AUGGCAGACAACAUACCUGGAGGAAUAGUCGCAGCUGCAAAGAACCGGCUGCAGGUGGUGAAGGGUUUGGAGGAUGUGGAGGUGUCUGAGUGUGAGAGUUGCUCCUUUGAGGUGACACUCAACCUGGCUUACAUCAAGGGCGUGUGGAGCAGGGAUGGGAUGCAACUCAAGUCUAGGCCCAACUGUCGCAUCAGCACGCAUGGGAAGAGACACUCCCUCAUACUGAACAGGGCGGCUUUGGGAGAUGCAGGCCUGUUCUCUUUCCAGGCUAAUGACAUUCAGACCUCAGGCCGACUCAGUGUCAGAGCUAGGGACAUCCACAUAGUGAAGGAGCUGGAAGAUGUUGAAACAACUGAGCGUCAACCCGUGAACUUCAUGUGUGAGGUCAAUCAGGUGGAUGUGGAUGGUCGUUGGCACCGAAAUGACUGCAGGAUCCGAUCUGGGGACAACAUCAGGAUCAGACACCAGGGUAAAACUCACACCCUGUGCUUUGAGUCAGUCAGGCCAGAGCACGCUGGAGAGAUCAGAUUCACUGCUGAGCGUGUGUCAUCCUAUGCAACUCUCACAGUUAAAGAACUCCCGGUCCAAAUAGUGCGCCCUCUGAGGGUGAAGAUUGCCAUGUAUCGCCACCGGGGUCUGCUGGAGUGUCAGGUGUCACGACCUAAUGCUCAGGUCAGAUGGUACAAGAACAGGAAGGAGCUCCUGUCCAGUAAGAAGUACCAACUGAUCAGCCAAGAUGUCUACAGACAGCUGACCAUCGAUGACGUCUGCUCCUCAGAUGAGGACACUUACACCUGUGAUGCAGGAGAUGAUACAACCUCAUGUCAGCUUCUGGUGGAGGAGCAGGCUAUCAGCAUAGUGCGGGGGAUGAGCUCAGUGGAGGUGAUGGAGCCGAAGCCAGCACUGUUCCAGGCAGAGACCAGCCUGAAGUCAGGGAGGCCUCCACGAUGGACCCUGAACGGUGAGGUACUGGAGCCGUGUGCAGCGGUGAACAUCGACAGGGACGGCACCCUCCACAGUCUCUGUCUCACCUCCACGGACAGCUCCAUGUCUGGCCCUGUGGUCUUUGUCGCUGGCAAGAGUCGCUCCACUGCUCAGCUCACUGUGAAAGAGCGACCUCUUCAGGUUGUUCACCACUUGGACGAUGCAAAGGUGAAAGAGAACAGCUCAGUGACUCUGAGCUGUCAGUUUGCUCCUUCUCCCAGGGUGGUGCGGUGGUUUAAAGGUCGCACUGCUCUGAAGACCUCAAACAAGUACAGCAUGAAGAGGGAUGGGAAACGAGCAGAGUUGACCAUCCAUGGCUUGACGGGAAUGGAUGCAGGGCAGUAUCGCUGCAUGGCUGGAGGUUCACAGAGCACAGCACAUGUUACAGUAGAAGUGCGAACACUCAAGUUGGUCAAACACCUUGAGCCAGUGGAAAUUGAGGAGGAUGGUGUGGCCACUUUCUCAUGUGAGCUCAACUACGUUGUUGCCAAUGUGGAGUGGCUUCUCAACAAUGUCCGGAUCUAUUCCAGUGCCAUCAACAGGAUCCAGAACAUGGGCACAAUGCAUAGUCUCACAAUGAAGAAGCUGCAGCCUCAGCAGAGCAGGGUCACCUUCAAAGCAGGCCUUCUUUCUGAGACUACAAUCGUAAAGGUCAAAGAGCGUCCAGCAGUGUUCUUGAGGUCUCUGGAGGAUGCAGUAGGAGAAGAGCAAGGGGAGGUCUGUCUGCAAUGUGAGAUUUCCAAAGAGACAGUGACCCCUGUUUGGAGAAAGGAUGGUAUGGUCCUGACGGCUGAUGAUAAACACGAACUACUCCAGUUUGGGAGGUCCAUGGCAUUGAUCAUCCAUCAACUCAGCAAAGAUGAUGCUGGACAAUAUACCUGUGACUUGGGCACCAGCCAGACCAAGGCUAAAGUUACAGUACAUGAUUUGCACAUCACCAUUGUUCAUCGUAUGAAGACAACCUCUGUCCUGGAGGGUGAAAGGUGCACUUUUGAAUGUCUCCUCUCUCACGAUCUCGACGAUGAGCCUUCCUGGACAAUCAAUGGACAGGUGGUGGUCCCUAACAGCCGUAUCCAGGUUAUCAACAAAGGCCACAAGUAUGAGAUGACCAUAAGAGAUGCUAUGCUCACUGACGCAGGAGACGUGGUCUUUACAAUUAAAGACCUCAGCUGUAGGACCAUGCUUUUUGUUAAAGAGAAACCAGUGCACAUUUUCAGGGACCUGCUGAAUGUGAAGGCGGUGCCAGGUGAGGACGCAGAGCUGAGCUGUGAAAUCACCAAACCAGAGGUCACCAUCCGUUGGCUGAAAAAUGGUCAUCUAAUCAGACAGAGCCCAAAGUAUGAGAUGAGUGUGGAGAAGAACUUGGCGCGGCUGGUGAUCAGGAACACCACCAUCAGGGACUCUGGAGAAUACCGCUGUGAGGCUGAGGGCAUUGCCUCCCGUGCCAAGCUGGAGGUUAGAGAACUCCAGCACACAUUUGCAAGGGAGCUGAAGGACACACGGGCAGAGGAAAAAGGUAAAGUGACCCUGGAGUGUGAGACCAGGCAGCCAGCCAAGCGUGCAACCUGGUUGAAGGGAAUGGUGGAGCUAAGGUCUGGAAGGAAGUAUGUCAUCAGGCAGAAAGACGUGGUGCUGUCUCUGACCGUCUCCUGUCUGGACAAAUCGGACACAGAUAUUUACACGUGUGAUGUCGGUACCAUGCAGAGUCGGGCACAGCUGACCGUGCAGGGCCAGAAGGUUUUGAUUCUGGAUGAACUAGAGGACGUUGAGUGUCUAGAAGGGGACACAGUCACAUUCAGAUGUCGAAUCUGUCCCAGCGAUUACAUUGGGGUUAAAUGGUACCUGGAUGAGACUCUGCUGUACACCAAUGAGCUCAAUGAGAUUCAGAUGGUGCCCGGAGGCUACAACACGCUCACAUUUAAACAGCUUGCCCGUAAAGACACCGGCACUAUUUCCUUCUCGGCAGGGGACAAAAGAUCGUACGCCUCGCUGCUGGUUAGAGAGAGGCGUCCCACCAUCAUUAAAGCACUGGAGGACUGUGAGGCUAUUGAAGGAGGUGGUUUGGUUUUGUCCUGCGUGACCUCAAAGCAAUGCCACAUCCUCUGGUACAAAGAUGGCUGCCUGAUGUGGAGCUCCUCCAGAUAUUCUACCAGUCGCUCGGGCUGCGAGGCUCGAUUGACGUUUCGAGAGAUCUGCAACAAUGAUGCUGGGGUGUACGAGUGCAGUGCAGGAUCUGUUACAACUAGAGCUGUUGUAACUGUCAAAGCCAUUCCUGCAGAGUUCACCAAGACCCUGAAAACUGUUGAGGCCAACGAAGGAGAGACUGUGACCCUGACCUGUGAGUACUCUUUGCCUGGGGUUCAGGUCCUCUGGAGGAAAGGCUUUGAGAGCAUCAGGCAUGGAGACAAGUACGCGAUGAAACAGAGAAGGACGAUCAACUCUCUAACCAUCAAAGCCCUGAAGCCUGAGGACUCAGGAGAAUAUACCUCUAUUCCUAUUUCAUUCAUACAACAACUGAGGAACAUGCAGGCAGAGGAGGGCAACAAUGUGACAUUGCGCUGUGAGCUGUCCAAACCUGUAAUUACAUUUGAAUGGAGGAAAGAAGAUGACCUGUUAAAGAACGGGAUCAAGUUCCAGAUCAGGAGGAGGGAGACCACACUGGAGCUUCUGAUCUGGAAGCCUGUGCCUGAGGACAGUGGUGUCUACAGCUGUGUGUGUUCUGAUCAGAUGACAUCUGCCACUGUCAAAAUCACUGCUCUCCCAGUGACAUUCAAGCAGAAGCUGAGGAAUGUGCUGAUCGAGGAAGGCAACACCGCGACUUUCCGCUGUGAGCUGUCGAAGCCUGGUCAUACUGUGGAGUGGAGGAAGAGGGGGAAUGAUCUCAUCAGGAACGGAGGGAAAUAUCAUAUACGGCAGAGAGACAUGCUGAUUGAACUGAGGAUCUUCGAUGUGACGCCUGACGACAGCGACAUCUACACGUGCAUCUGUGGAAACGUAGAAACGACUGCAACUCUGACUGUAAAUGGUUUACCACCAAGUUUCAAGAUGCCACUAGUCAACCAGGAGGUGACGGAGGGCAACAGUGUGGUUCUGCACUGUGAGCUCAACAAACCUGCCCCGUCAGUGGAGUGGACGAGAGGAGGUGAGCCGCUAAAGAACGGAGACAAGUAUCAGAUGAGGAAGAAGGAGCUCCAGGUAGAGAUGAAGAUUGUGGACCUCAGUCUGGACGACAUGGGAGAUUAUACAUGUGUAUGUGGUGACCAGACGACAACAGCAAGGGUCCUGGUGAAUGAACGGCCCAUUAAAUUCAUUCAAGAACUGAAAAAUAUCCAGGUGCAGGAAGGUAACGGGGUGACACUGUGCUGUGAGCUCUCCAAACCUGACACUCCUGUGCAGUGGAAGAAAGGAGACAGUGUGUUGACCAGCGGAGAGAAAUACCAGACGAAGCAGAACGGCUCCACACUGGAGCUCCUCAUCAGGAAAAGCCAGCCUGAGGACAGCGGCACAUACAGCUGUGUUUGUGAAGACAUGAAAACCACUGCCACCAUCAUCAUCACUGCAAUUCCGGUGACUUUCAAGCAGAAGUUGAAGAACCAGGAAGCUGUGGAGGAGGGCAGUGUGAUGCUGCGCUGUGAGCUUUCUAAACCUGGGGUCCCAGUGGAGUGGAGGAGAGAUGCUCAGCUUCUGAAGGAGGGAGACAAAUAUCAGAUGAAGCAAGAGGGCAGGAUGGCUGAGAUGCUGAUUAGAAAUCUAACCCUCACAGACUCAGCGGAGUACUGCUGCUCUGUUGGUACUGUAGUGACUUCAGCUGACAUCAAAGUAAGAGCUCUUCCUGUAAUAUUUACACAAGAGGUUGAGAAUUUGGAAGUGAAGGAAGGGGACAGUGGAGUUUUCUGUUGUGAGCUCUCCAAACCUGGAGCUCCAGUGGACUGGAGGAAAGGCAGAGUUGUCCUCAAACCUGGAUACAAAUAUGAGAUGAAGCAGGAGGGACGUCUCACAAAACUGAUCAUCAACAACGUGGAGGAGAGCGAUGCUGGGAAAUACACCUGCAAGACUAAAGAUAGCCAAUCAGCUGCUGAGCUCGCUGUCAAAGCUCCUCCCAUCACGUUCAAGAUGAAGUUAAGGAACUUGCAGGUGGAGGAGGAGAGCAGUGUGACAUUGACCUGUGAGUUAUCUAAACCUGGCCUCGCUGUGGAGUGGAGGAAAGAAGAGGAGCGUCUGAAGAAUAAUUUCAAGUAUCAGAUCAAAAAUCGAAACAGCAUCAUGGAGCUGACCAUCAAAAACUCCCAGCUGGAGGACAGUGGACUCUACAGCUGUGUCUAUGGUGAUGCCAAGACCACAGCCAAAGUUGACGUUACACCGAUUCCCCUCACUUUUAAAAUGGGUCUGAAGAACCAGGAGGCCCCAGAAGGAGGCAACGUGUCCCUUCGCUGUGAGCUGUCCAGGGUCGGGGUGCCUGUGCAGUGGUGGAAGGCUGAAGAUCAGCUCUCUCAUGGUGGGAGGUAUCAGAUGAUGCUGAAAGGAAAUGUAGCUGAGAUGCAUAUCAAAAAUGCCCAGCCAGAGGAUGUCGGUCAGUACAGCUGUGUCUUUGGAGAGCAGAAGACUACGGCUGAAGUGAAUGUGCGAGAGCUCCCUCCAUUCUUCCAGGAGGAACUGCAGAGUGUGGAAGUCAUGGAGGGAGGUUCGGCCUCCCUGUUCUGUGAGCUGUCUAAACUGGGAGUGCCCAUUCAGUGGAAAAAGAACAGACUGCCGCUGAGAUCCAGCAGGAAGUACGAGAUGAAGCAGGACGGCUGCCUCCUCCAGCUGCACAUCAAGGAGCUCAGACUUGAGGACAGCGGCAGCUACACAUGUGAGGCAGGAAGUGUAGACACCACUGCGACGGUGACAGUGAAAGAGCUGCCACCAUUCUUCAAGAAAGAGCUGAGAAGAGUGGAGGCUGAGGAAGGACGAGCAGCCUCCUUGUGCUGUGAGCUGUCUAAACCUGGAGUGUCAGUGCAGUGGAAGAAGAACAAAUUGCCACUGAGAGCCAGCAGGAAGUACGAGAUGAAACAAGAUGGCUGCCUCCUUUAUCUUCAGAUCAAGGAGCUCACACCUGAGGACAGUGGCAGCUACACAUGUCAAGCAGGAAGUGCAGAGACCAAUGCGACUGUGACAGUGAAAGAGCUCCCACCAUUUUUCAAAGAGGAACUGCAAAAUGUGAGGGCAGAGGAGGGAUGUUCUGCCUCCCUGUCCUGUGAGGUGUCUAAACCUGGGCUGUCAGUGCAGUGGAAGAAGAACAAAUUGCCCCUGAGAGCCAGCAGGAAGUAUGAGAUGAAACAAGAUGGUUGCCUCCUCCAGCUGCACAUCAAGGAGCUCAAACCUGAGGACGGUGGCAGCUACACAUGUCAAGCAGGAAGUGUAGAGACCACUGCUACUGUGACAGUGAAAGUACAAUGGAAGAAGAACAGACUGUCACUGAGAGCAAACAGAAAGUAUGAGAUGAACCAAGAUGGCUGCCUCCUCCAGCUGCACAUCAAGGAGGUCAAACCUGAGGACGGUGGCAACUACACAUGUCAAGCAGGAAGUGUAGAGACCACUGCAAGUGUGACUGUCAAAGAACUCCCUCCAUUCUUCAAGAAGGACUUGCAGAGUAUGGAGGCUGAGGAGGGAGGUGCAGUCUCUCUGUCCUGUGAGGUGUCUAAACCUGGUCUGUCAGUGCAGUGGAAGAAGAACAGACUGUCACUAAGAGCCAGCAGGAAGUACAAGAUGAAGCAGGAAGGCUGCCUCAUCGAGCUCCACAUGGAGGAUCUCAAACCUGAGGACAGUGGCAGCUACACAUGUCAAGUAGGAAAUGUAGAGACCACUGCAACUGUGACAGUGAAAGAGCUUCCAUUAUUCUUCAGCAAAGAAUUACAAAGUGUUGAAGCUGAAGAGGGAGGUGCAGCUUCCUUGUCCUGUGAGCUGUCUAAACCUGAAGUGGCAGGGCAAUGGAAGAAGAACAGAUUGCCACUGAGAGCCAGCACAAAGUAUGAGAUGAAACAAGAUGGCUGCCUCCUCCAGCUGCACAUCAAGGAGGUCAAACCUGAGGACAGAGGCAACUACACGUGCCAAGCAGGAAGAGUAGAGACCACUGCUACUGUGACAGUGAAAGAGCUGCUGCCAUUCUUCCACAAGAAAUUAAAAAAUGUGGAGGCUGAGGAGGGAGGUGCUGCCUCCCUGUCCUGUGAGGUGUCUAAACCUGAAGUGUCAGUGCAGUGGAAGAAGAACAAUCUGCCACUGAGAGCAAACAGGAAGUAUGAGAUGAAACACGAUGGCUGCCUCGUCCAGUUGCACAUCAAGGAGCUCAAACUUGAGGACAGUGGCAACUACACAUGUCAAACAGGAAGUGUAGAGACCACUGCAACUGUGACAGUGAAAGAGCUUACCCCAUUCUUCAAGAAGGAUUUGCAGAGUAUGGAGGCUGAGGAGGGAGGUGCAGUCUCCCUGUCCUGUGAGGUGUCUAAACCUGGUCUGUCAGUUCAGUGGAAGAAGAACAGACUGUCACUAAGAGCCAGCAGGAAGUACAAGAUGAAGCAGGAAGGCUGCCUCAUCGAGCUCCACAUGGAGGAGCUAAAACUUGAGGACAGUGGCAGCUACACAUGUCAAGUAGGAAAUGUAGAGACCACUGCAACUGUGACAGUGAAAGAGCUUACCCCAUUCUUCAAGAAGGACUUGCAGAGUAUGGAGGCUGAGGAGGGAGGUGCAGUCUCCCUGUCCUGUGAGGUGUCUAAACCUGGUCUGUCAGUGCAGUGGAAGAAGAACAAUCUGCCACUGAGAGCAAAUCAGAAGUAUGAAAUGAAACAAGAUGGCUGCCUCCUCCACCUGCACAUCAAUGAGCUCAAACCUGAGGACAGUGGCAGCUACACAUGUCAAGCAGGAAAUGUAGAGACCACUGCAGGUGUGACUGUCCAAGAACUCCCUCCAUUCUUUAAGAAGGACUUACAAAGUAUGGAGGCUGAGGAGGGAGGUACAGUCUCUCUGUCCUGUGAGGUGUCUAAACCUGGCCUGUCCGUGCAAUGGAAGAAGAACAGACUGCCACUAACAGCCAGCAGGAAGCACAAGAUAAAGCAGGAUGGCUGCCUCCUCGAGCUCCACGUUGAAGCACUCAAACCUGAAGACAGUGGCAGCUACACAUGUCAAGCAGGAAGUGCAGAGACAACAGCAGCUGUGACAGUGAAAGAGCUGCCUCCAUUCUUUAAGAAAGACUUAGUAAGUGUGGAGGCUGAGGAGGGAGGUGCAGCUUCCUUGUCCUGUGAGGUGUCGAAGUCUGGAGUGUUGGUGCAAUGGAGAAGGAACAAUCUGCCACUGAGAGCAAACAGAAAGUAUGAGAUGAAACAAGAUGGCUGCCUCCUCCAGCUGCACAUCAAGGAGCUGAAACCUGAGGACAGUGGCAACUACACAUGUCAAGCAGAAAGUGUAGAGACCACUGCGACUGUGACAGUGAAAGCGCUACAAUCUACUGCACCAAAGACAGAGCCUCCCAUGAUACAACCUCGACGAAAGGGCUCUGUUUCCAACACAACUCCUUCUCCAGAGAAUGAGAAUUGUGGUCUCCCAGAGGCCAAACCUGUUCCUCCAGAGCCCAAAAAGAGAGCUAACAGGAAAGCAUCUAUUACAAAUUCAGAAAAAGAUGUGGAGCCAGUGAUGGAUGUGAAACAGUCUCUGCUGAGGGAGAAUAAAGAACACCAAAAGGGAAACCAACUUGAAAAAUCUAUUGAGAACAAUUUCGAUGUUGUGCACAAUAUAACACAACAGGAGAAGAAUGAAGAAAAAGUUGGUGAGGUGUUUAAGAAAGCUGAUAAGUCUGUGAGUUUACUGGAGACUGAUAUCAGGCAGGUCGAAGAGCCAGAGGCUUUGACUGAGAUACCGGUGAACCACAGCGAGAUCCAGCCCAUUGGCUCUUUCACUGAGGGGUCAACUCAACCCUCUAGUCUUCCUCCAAUUAAUAUCCCCCAGAAGACACAACCAUCUGAGGAGGCUCCACCAGAGUUUGACAUCGAGGAUGAGCCACAAUUGGAAGUGGCUGCAGUCAAGAUCCAGGCUGCAUUUAAAGGCUACAAAACCCGCAAAGAUAUGCGACCUGUCUUUAAAGAGGUGUUCAAGAACCAGAGUGCAGACGUUCAUAGCACACUGUCUCUAUUGUGUGUUGUGGAAGGGAAACCCAGCACAGUGCGCUGGCUGAGAAAUGGCACAGAAAUCACUAAUGACCACCGCUGCCGCUCUAAGAUCGCAGCAAAUGGUGAGUGCACGUUGGUGAUCAAGAACCUGACCACCAACGACAGUGGAAUCUAUACAUGUGAGGUGGUGAAUAAGUUUGGUGUAACCUCCUACAAUGGAAACAUCACAGUAGUGCAGCCUCAGCAGCCUGCUCCUGCAGCCCAGAAGCUUGUACACCCACCCCUUGCAGCCAUAACUCCUCUGCAACUUGCACCACCAAAGCCCCAGAUUCAAGGUCAGAUUCCCACUGCAGCUACAGAUGAUGCAAACUAUGUAGAAAGUGUGAGCAUCUCUCUGUGGGAGACCUACAACCUGACGGAGCAGGAUAUACCAACAUGUCUGGAAGAAAGAAGAGGAUCAUCUCUUAUUGCUGCCAGCUCCAUGUCAAGUCCGUCUGAUUACGACACAGCUCCUGAUAUAAUGGAACCUGUUGAAACUGCUCCUGCUGUUCCAAGGGAAGAACCAGCUGCAGAAGACCAAGUACCUCCAAAGGAUGAUAAAGAAGAGAUAGCUUCUCCACAACCUCCUAAGCAACUCUUGAAGGUCGUAGGGGCUCCUGAUGGCAAAAUGAGGACACCAUCUCCAAAGCACCAUCGUGCUCACACACCCUUAGCUAGUACCGUCUCCGGAUCAGAAUCAGAAGGUGAAGAGGACAGCAGAGAGACAUUUGAAAUGUAUGUGGCUCGAGCUGACUGCAGUCCCAACAGUGGGAAUAAGGACAGUUUUAUUCUGAAGGAGGGUCAGUUUGUAGAGGUGCUGGACUCUGUUCAUCCUGACCGGUGGCUGGUGAGGACCAAACCCACUAAAACUAGCCCUGCUCGACAAGGAUGGGUGUGUCCAGCCUACCUAGAGAAGAAGAGAAGGGAGACUUUCCCACAAGUUAGAGCCCCUCAAGAGGAUCUUGAUGGAAUAGGGUCUUCAGGAGAAGAGUACAGGAGAGCUCUGAGUCAAUUGGUCCAAGGCCUGGUUGAUGGAGAGGAUGAGUUUGUGAAGGAGAUGAAGACAUUCACCUCUCACCAGUUGAAUUAUCUGGACUCUAGUCGCAACAUCCCCAUUAACAUCCUCAACCAGAAAGAGAUCAUUUUCAGAAAUAUCAAGGACAUUGUGUUGCUGCAUGACAGGUUCAUCCUUCCUGGUCUAAGAGGCUGUGCCACAGACGAUGAUGUGGCCAUGCAUCUGAUCCAGCACACUGAAGACUUUGAGAAGUAUCUUCACUACAUAGUGGGACAAGCACAAGCAGAAGCCUGUGUCACUGACAAAGCUACCCAGCAGUAUUUCAAAGGGUUAACAGAGUCUGGUCAGCAUGAUGCUCCGGUCAUGGAUGUUCUCACCUUCCUCCAGAGACCAGUGGAGCGGAUUCAAACCUACCAGGCUUUACUGAAGGAGUUGAUAAAGAACAAAGCCAAAAGUGGUCAGAGCUGCUGUCUGUUGGAGGAUGCCUUCUCCAUGGUGUCCUGUCUGCCCUGGAGGUCUGACAACCUGCACCAGGUAUCCCUCAUUGAGAACUACCCUGCUCCUCUAACUGCCCUGGGUGAACCUGAACGACAGGGAGUCUUUACAGUGUGGGAGGACACUCCAGAAAUGAAGACGGCCUCUAGAGGGCAUCAGAGACAAGUCUUUCUCUUCAAGGACUGUAUUGUGGUGUGUAAACUGAAAAGAGACACGCGCAUGAACAGUGUCACCUACACAUUCAAGAACAAAAUGAAGCUGAAUGACGUAGAAAUAAAGGAGACUGUGGGUGGAGAUGAAAGAUCCUGGGGGUUAUGGCACGAGCACAGGGGCUCAGUGCGGAGGUACAUGCUGCAGGGCCGCUCCGCACUGGCUAAACUCCCCUGGCUCAAGGACCUGAAGGAGCUCCAGCAACACUGCAGUCUGCCCACCAACAGUCCACCAGUGUUCGAGUCCCUGUUGUCUGACUGCAGAACAAAGAUAGGACAGACUAUUAAACUGACAUGCAAGGUCACAGGAUCACCCAAACCAAUGAUCAGCUGGCUCAAAGACGGCCAUCCUCUGGAGGACGACCCCCGUCAUAUUAUUACAGCCGACCGCUCUGGCACCUGCAGACUCAUCCUGGACAGCCUCACUGCAGACGACUCCGGACAGUACACGUGCUACGCUACCAGCUCCAUGGGAGCUGCUGGUACUCUGGCUAAGGUUGUGGUGCAGGCUCCACCCAGAUUUGUGAGUCGGCUUGAGAGUGCGUGUCUGAUAGAAGGAGAGGAUAUCCAGUUCAUUUGUUCCACGCUCAGCACUCCUUUACCAAGAAUCAGGUGGUUGAAGGACGGCAGAGAGUUGACUGACCAGCAGAAAUAUUUCAUCCUGAAUGAUUUUCGGAGUGGAAUAUUGUGUCUGACAAUCAUCAGGGCAACAGAGGCAGAUAUUGGACAGUACGAGUGUGAGCUCUGGAAUGAGUUUGGCUGCGUCAAGUGUAAAGCUGGUCUGUGCCCCGCUUAUGUGCCACCAACUGACAUUGCGAACGACCAACCUCAGGACUUACCUCCUAAAGGUAGGACUAGCAGAGCUGCUGAAGGUAAAUAUCCUCCACAUAUGCAGGAAACCAUCAUGUGGUUGACCCACACUUCCACACGGGACGAAGCACAUGCCAUUGUCCAGUUUUACUUCGCCCUUUCUGCAUCACACCAUGUGACUUCACUUUCCAACAAACUGCAACCAUUAGCAUCAGUUUCCACUUUCAACCACUACCACUCAUCCAUUCGAUCAAAUCUAACUCUUCACUCCUACGAACAUCAGAUGGUCAUGUGCUGGGCAGGUGUUCCAUUAACGCCCAUGCAGGAGUGGGCAUGUUCCCACGUCCUGUUCAUGUGGUGGUUAAAUGGGGUUAAACCCUCAAGUCUCGAGUCUGUGAUCCACAUAUUCUUGCUGAUUGGUAUUUUGGUUGUGAUAGAUGCAGACUCAGAGGGCUGGUCCACUGCUUUUGUGAAGAAGUGGUUACAGACUGAUUUUAGCCCCACUUCUAUCGCCAAGAUGCUCUUCACUCCUGGAUACCCUGAACAAGCAGAGUGUAGCACUGAAGAGACUGUUCCCGUCACCACACCCAUGGAUGAGUCGGUCCAGCAGCCUCUCUGUUACCUGGAGGAAGUAGAGGAGGAGAUUUACAUCUCAGAACCGAUGCAGGAAAUUACAGAUGCUCCUCCCUCCAUCCAGGUGCCCACUGAAGACCUGUGUGUAGAGCCUGGUCAACCAGCUACAUUUACUGCCAUCAUCACUGGGAGGCCUACCCCUCAGAUACAGUGGUACAAGGAUGAAGACGAGCUUGCAGCCAAUGAGAAUGUAGAGAUGGUACAGCAUGGUGCCCGCUGCUCACUGACCAUAGUGUGCUCCGAGGGCGAAGACAGCGGCAUAUACACCUGCUUCGCCUACAAUAGCUCUGGUCAUGACUCGUGCCAGGCUCAGCUCACAGUGGAGGAAGGUCCACUGGAGUGUCAGGAGAGAGAGGUGGAGCUGGGGAAGAGAAGGAAGUUGUUCUCUGUCUAUGAUGUUCAUGAGGAAAUUGGAAGGGGAGCAUUUGGAGUGGUGAAGCGUGUGGUCCACAGAAGGACAGGUGAAGUAUUUGCCGCCAAGUUCCUGCCUCUGCGGAGCAGCACUCGGACAAGGGCCUUCCAGGAGCGAGACCUGCUCUCACGUCUGGCUCAUCCCAGAGUGGCCUGUCUACUGGACUUCUUCUGCACCAGACGCACUCUGGUGCUGAUCACAGAAAUCUGCUGUUCUCAUGGGCUUCUGGACCAUUUAUUACUGAGAGGAUUAGUCUCAGAGAAAGAGGUUCAGUCGUACAUCCAGCAAAUCCUUGAAGGUGUUGGCCACAUUCACAGCAUGAACAUCUUGCAUCUGGACAUAAAACCUGAUAAUAUCCUGAUGGUAUAUCCACCCAGAGACGAGAUUAAGAUCUGUGACUUUGGCUUUUGCCAAGAAAUGGACACAUCCAGACACCAGUACAGCAUGUUUGGAACACCUGAGUUCAUUGCACCUGAGAUCUUUCACCAAGAGCCAGUCACUGUGGCCACUGAUAUUUGGGCUAUUGGCGUCAUGGCUUAUCUCUGCCUGGUUGGUCGAUGCCCGUUUGUGGGUGAGACGGACCGCGCAACACUACUGAGAGUGGGGGAGGGGACCCUGAACUGGGACGCACCUGAUGUCACCAGCAGGAGCCCUGAGGCCCAAAGCUUUCUCCACUUGCUCCUUCAGCCAGAUCCAGAGAGGCGACCGUCUGCCUUUGAAUGCUUGAGCCAUGAAUGGUUUCAGGAUGAAAAUGCAGGAGAGGACACUGAUGAAAUUAACACAAAGAGUUUGAAAGUAUUUAUCUCAAAAACUAAAUGGCAGCGUUCUUUGACUUGCAUUGGGUCGGUUCUCACGUUGAGGCCCGUCCCCGAGCUGCUGGACGCUCCUCUCAGAGAGACUGCGGUGACUGUGCCUCGCGAGCUGCAGGAACACAGCAGCACCUCAGUGAGCAGUGGCUCGUCAUCAGAAUACGAUGAAGCUGACUCCUGGGACUUUUUUCAGCACUACAGCCCAACUGAGGAGGAGGAAGAGGAAGAGACAGAGGAGGAUUAUGAUCCUUUAAUGGAGAGAGCACAGAUCCCAGAGCCUUUCCCCAAACUCCACCUAGGUGUGGAGGAAGAGGAGGAGAUGACAUUAGGGGAGGAGGAGGAUGGGGAGAUUCUGGAAAGGAGGAGUGUAUUAGAGCGAAGUAUGAGCAGGCAGUCGGUGGCGUCAUCAGAUGCAUCUUGCCAACAGACACCUCAGAGGGAGCGUAGGUUCAGCAAGGACAGCAGUCCAUCUCUAAACCUAUCUGACUGGGAUGAGGGUUCAGGAAGUGACGGAGGUCGUAUCCCUCGGGGCAGCGUGAUCCGAAGCACUUUCUACAGCAGCUCUCAACAGCUUUCACCUAUGUCUGCUAGACACAUGUCAUUACGGGACAAAUUCCAGGCCAGAAAACAGGAGAGAGGCCGCAAACCACUCAGGAGAAGCUUUUCAGGACGCCUCAAUGAGCCUCUCAUUGAAUAUGUGGAGGAUGAGACAGACACUAACCGUGGUCAGAGACGGGGAUCCAUCCCACCCUCGAUACAGAAAUCCUGCUCCUUUGACAGUGGAGUUGGUCUCCCCCACAGCAACGUGCCCCCUCACAGGAGGAGCAGGUCCCUGGAUGAGUAUUCACGUCGCUCCCCCAGCUCACCCUCACGCUCAAAGCCAGGUGACGAAGAAGGUUCUCAAAGUCUGAAGGAAGAUUUUACAGAUGAUGAAGUGGCAGGUAGGAACUUGUUGGCCAUUCCGAGUCCACGGCGACCCACAAGAAGAAGAGGCUCCACCGCUCCCGUACAUGGAGCUCACACACUGGGUGCAACAUCUGCUCCUUCAAACUUCCUUGCUGGAAACAGAAUGAGCAACCGGCUGGAUAAGCAACAGACAAAGGGAGGAAACACCUUUGCUGGCUCCCAGGGUUCUCUGGCUGAAUCAUAUACUUUGGAGCACGGUGGUUCGGUCGGCUCAUAUGAGGAGCUGAGUCAUGCUCAUCUCAGAGGAAGAUACAGAUCAGGGGACAGUGAAGAGUAUGAUGAUCACCAGGAGCCACUGCUUUCAUCAUCUUCCUGCUCAUUCCAAGAAGUCAAAACCAGAGGCUCAUUUCCACAGGCACCACCGCGUAACCGCACCCGCUCAAACCCCAACUUAUCUGCAAACAGCAGAGGCCAGCCAGGCCCUUCACUGACACCGAGCCCCAGUCCCAGCCUCUCUUCCCUCCAGGCUCCAGAGAGGCCUCCCAGGGCCAGGGAAAAGAAGGAAGCUCACAGCCUCCACAGGCAUGCGUCAGCUCCAGCCCUGGAAGUCCGACCGCCCACAGGAAAGUCACCCAAGCUGGGACUGCUGAAGAUCUUCCGUAGGCAGUCGUGGACUGGCCACUCAUACUCUCAGCUGGACAACACAGAGUUAGGACCCACGUUAGGAGAGAUCAUGAAGCCUGAUACACCCACCAUGUCUCUGAGGAAGAAAAUGAGAGCUUCAGCCUCCAGCCUGACCAAGCUGUUCUCCAGGUCCUCCAGUAAAGAGGAUGUGAGUAAAGGACCAAUAGUAAAAGGAUCAGCUGCCAUCCCCGCCGAAAGGGAACAUAGCACUGGACUUGAGAGUCCAAAGAAAAGGACAUCCAAAAUCCUGCCUUCUUUCAAAAUACCCAGAUUCAAAAAGACAAAAGAUCUGCCAGUCCGUCCCAACAAAGCUGACGUGCUCCAGUUAGAUGGAGGCGGAGUCCUGCUGGUUUGGAAACCUAUCAAGUCGAAUGACCCCAUCACCUACUGUGUGCAGUACUGUACAGAUGGUGGGGAUUGGACGGUCCUGUCAGAGGAGGUGACGGACAGCAGCUAUGUGGCGAAGGAUUUACCGAGAGGGGCGUCGUAUGUUUUCAGGGUUGGCUGCAUCACCAAGACGGGAGCUGGACCUUUCAGUGACGCUUCAGCACCUGUUGUUAUGGCGACUCACCCUGAAGAGACUCAAAUCUCACUCAUUCAGACUGAGACCCUGGGGUCAAAGGUCACUGGAUCAGCACAAAAGAACUUCAGCUUCCUUGCUGAGAUCAACAGGGGUCGGUUCAGCGUACUGAACCUUUGCAGGGAUGUUGAGACCAGCCAAGUGUUUGCUGCAAAGAUCACCCCCUACCAGGCAGAGAAGAGACAGCUGGUGCUGAGAGAGUACCAGCUGCUGAAGAGGCUUCACCACCCACAUCUGGUGCAGCUGCACACCGCCUACAUCACCUCCUGCUACCUGGUGUUAGUGGAGGAGCUUUGUCCUGGCAAGGAGCUGCUCUACAGUCUGGCUGUGAGAGAUCUGUAUGCAGAGUCUCAUGUUGCAGAGCUGCUGGUUCAGAUUCUAAGUGCCGUCGACUACCUUCACAGCCGUCGAAUCAUCCACCUGGACCUGAAGUCUGACAACAUGCUGGUGGACGAUUGUAACCACGUAAAGAUUGUUGACUUUGGCUCGGCUCAGCCCUUCACACCCGGACAGCCCCUCAACGUUGAGCACAUCGAAGGCCUGUCGGAGAGCAAAGACUGUCGCAGCAAAGUUUAUAUUGCCCUUCCUAAAGCUCCGGAAAUCCUGGAGGGUCAGGGCGUCGGGCCUGAAACUGAUAUCUGGGCUAUUGGGGUUCUGUCAUUCAUCAUGUUGAGUGCCGACAGUCCGUUCCAGGAAGAGCAAGACAGAAACAUCAAGAAGGGGAAGAUCCAGUUUGGAUGCUGUUACCCUGGUCUGUCAGAGGGAGCCUUAAACUUCAUGAAGAGCAGCCUGAAUAACAAAUUAUGGGGGAGACCUACUGCAGCCGAGUGUCUCCAGAACCCAUGGCUCCGUGCUCAUCGUAUUCCUCACAAAGUGCGACACUCCAAGGUGUGUUUCUCAACAGACAAGCUUAAAUCGUACCUCAAGCAGAAGGAGGAGAAACGAGAGCUGGUCCGCACCAAGCUUCAGGGUCCCUUCUUCCAGUAAGACAAUGAUGCCCCCCCCCC